CGAAGACUACGGAGAAGUCAGUGUCUGCAGAGAUCUCUAUCCUGACGAACGUGACCGACAACCAGGCGCAGUACAGAUGCGAAGCCACCAACAGCGCCACUGAGAUCCCACUCUUCGAAAAAGUCACUUUGAACGUUCAUUUCGCCCCAGAAGCAGUGAAAGUGAGAGCAGAACCUGAAGAGGUUGAAACCGGGAAUCGAAGCCACACUGUACUGCGAUGCAGCCUCUAGUAACCCACCAGCCGCCUUAUCCUGGUGGCGGGAUGGUAUACCUGUGCAAGGUCUACCAAUGCAGCUCAAGAAAGGUCUUCACGGAGGAACAGUGUCAACAAUAGAACUCAAGCUGAAGAUCACCAAAGACAUGAACGGUGCGAUCUACACCUGCCAAGCCACGAACGAAGCGCUACAGAGAAGCGUCCACGAUGCUAUGGCGUUGAAAGUUCUUUACGCGCCAAUAUUCGACGAAGCAACGCCCUACACAACAGUUGGAGUAGAAAACGAACCGCUAAUCGUAGUAUUACGAGCUGAUGGCAACCCUGGAAGCAUCACUUACACUUGGACCAAGGACGGACUCCCCAUCACACAGUCUUCUUAUAGCAGCGGUAAUGACAGAAUACUUUCGGAAGGAAGUAUGCUGAACUUGACCCGACUGUCUCGCCACGACGCCGGUGUGUACACGUGCGAGGCUGUCAACUCCCAGGGAGCCGCCACUGCCAACAUCAGCAUAAAUGUUCACUAUCCGGCGAGCAUCGUAUCAGCAUCGCAAAAUGGAAUUACAAAUCCCAACGAAGACGCCAUUUUAUCUUGCACGGCUACAGGAAACCCAUUAACCUCAGAUCAUAUACGAUGGGAAAGGAAAGGAUACAAAAUCGAUCCCAAAUCUGUGACCUUUGAACCUAGGAACUCGACCAGCUAUCUCCACAUAAACCAGCCAACGAGAGAGGAUGUAGGGAACUUCAAAUGCGUGGUAGACAAUGGAAUAGGAGGAGAGUCAAAGGAAAACGUUAUGCUCAUUGUCAAGUUUAAACCAGAGAUGGACAGUGCACCGAAUUUGGCUAAAUCUGCGUCCAAUGUCGGUCAAGUUGGAAGGUUGACUUGCAAAUGCAAAUCCGCACCAGCGCCAAACUUCACGUGGUCCAAAACCGGCAGCACGUUACCAGUAAACACUUCCACCAAGUACUUCGCCGAGUACCACAAGAUAGACCCCAUCACUUACUCCUCGGUGCUCCUCAUCAAUGACGUCACGUCCUCCGACUACGGCUCGUACGAAUGCGGCGCCAGAAACGACUUGGGCUUCAGUUCCGCCACUGUUAAGUUGGAUAUCACAAGUGCACCAGAUCAAGUGAUAUCGCUGACGGUGUCGAACGUUACCCACAGCACGGUCACUUUAGAGUGGGUGCCAGGGUUCGACGGAGGUCUCACUUCAUGGUACAGAAUACGAUACAGAAAAAUUUACGACGACGCAUAUAAAUAUGAAGACGUGAUGCCCAAAAACGCUACAACCUUCACCAUCGGUGGAUUAGAGAAGAGUACAGACUAUGUAUUCUCCAUAAUGGCGCUAAACAAAAUUGGACAAAGCAAAUAUAGACCGGACGAUACGAAGAUUACUACACUAACUUCAUCAGAAGUAGGCGAGCUGAACGUAAUCUCCACGGAGUAUGUGGAUCAGGCUGAUGUGUCAAAAUCAGUCGUCAUUUACGUGUCCAUCACUGGGGUUGUGUUGGUUUUCAUUAACGCCGCCUUGAUCGCUUGUUUCAUAUUGAAAAGGCGUUCGAGAAGGUUGAAAGAUGAUGAGGGGAGCGAGUAG